AAUAUAAUCAUAAUUUGGUACGUUGUAUCUUUAUUUUACGUAUUAAUUAAUCCAAAGUCAAGUUAUUAUUAGAUCUUGGUUUAUCAUGGAAUCUCUUGAACCUUAUUUUCCAACUAAACAAACGUGCAUCCAAACAAGGCACUAACCAUAAGACGUGCAUAAGAGUUAAAAAAAAUAAGUACAUUGUAAGUGUAAGGAAGAUGAAGUCUUCCCCAACUAGAAAACCACAAGCAAACCUAUGGACAAAAAACCCUCUUUUGAAAAAUGGCCAUUUCCGUGUCUCGAAAGAAACCCAGAUCAUCAAAAAAAGCCGAAAGGGAAAAACUCUGUUCCUGCAUUACAGUUUGGUUCAAACUUCUAUAUCGAAUCCCGGCUAUAGCUGUUCUAUUGAUCCUUAUCUUCAUAUGGUCCUCCUCCACUACCGUCAUCUCUGGCAACAUAGUUCAUCUCUGCAUUUCUUCGCGGAAGCUCAACAAUCUCUACUGCAUGUCUGCAGGUUCGCAGCCUAACUUCGAAAUGCCAGUUCCGAGUGUCGGUAAAAGUUCUACUGAUCCAGACAUCAAUGGCAUUGCAAUCAAAAUUGAUGGCAAUUCGAGCACCAAUGGUAACAUCAAUGAGAUUGUCAAUGAUGUUAAGGCGGAGCUGAUUCCGAGUACUGUGACAGAAAGUACAGUAGAAGAUGUAAACAAGAAGAAUGAAGAUUCAAAGAAGGUCAUUCUUGAGCAAUUGCAGCUGCAUCGAUCAUGGACGUCGAAUGCGAACCCUGCAGUCUGUGAUGGAAAGGGAAUAUAUGUCUACGAUCUGCCAUCAAAGUUCAAUAAGGACCUGACAGGUCAAUGUGGAGAUAUGAUGCCAUGGACAAACUUCUGCAGGUAUUUUGAUAAUGAAGCUUUCGGUCAGCCAAUCGAAAAACUCGGAAAAGGCUGGUUUCUAACUCAUCAGUAUUCACUAGAGCCGAUCUUUCAUUCCAGGAUUUUAAAGCAUCGCUGCAGGGUUUAUAACGAAAAUGAAGCCAAGCUCUUUUAUGUUCCGUACUAUGGCGGAUUAGACAUUUUAAGAUGGCAUUUCAAGAAUGUCUCUGAUGAUGUUAAGGACACACUGUCAUUAGACCUCGUAAAGUGGCUCGAAUCAAGAAAACCUUGGCGUCAGAAUUCUGGUAAGGAUCACGUCUUUGUUCUAGGUAAAAUUUCAUGGGAUUUCAGGAGAAGAACUGACUCUUCAUGGGGGACUAGAUUCUUAGAGCUAGAGAAAAUGCAGAACGCCAUUAAGCUCUUGAUUGAACGACAGCCGUGGGACGUCAACGACAUUGGAAUUCCGCAUCCUACACAAUUUCAUCCUCAUUCUGACGAUGACAUUGUCUCCUGGCAGCUAAAGAUUAUCCGACCAAUCCGAAAGAACCUAGUCAGCUUCGCCGGGGCAGCAAGACCCGAUCAACCGGAAAGCAUAAGGUCAAUCUUAAUCAACCAAUGCAAUUCUGACAAAUGCAAGUUCUUGAAUUGCAAAUCAGGUGCAUGUGACAAACCUGAAACAAUUAUAGAACUCUUUGCAGAUUCAGAAUUUUGCUUGCAGCCUCCUGGUGACAGCCCGACAAGAAAAUCGGUAUUUGAUUCGCUUGUUUCGGGUUGCAUACCAGUACUAUUCGAUCCUUUUACCGCUUACUAUCAGUAUCCAUGGCAUUUACCUGAGGAUCACAGUAAAUACUCGGUGUUUAUAGAUCAAGAAGAAGUGAGGCAAAUGAAGGUAAAUGUAGUGGAGAGGCUAAUGAAUUUUACUGUGAGGGAAAAAGAAGAUAUGAGAAGAUAUAUAGUGUAUGAAUUACUGCCUGGAUUGGUGUACGGGGAUUCAAAUUCUGAGCUUGAUAAGUUUCAGGAUGCAUUUUCUAUUACUGUCAAUAAUUUGCUUGAGAGAGCCAAUAGAUUGUCACUAUGAAUUUUACAUUUUGAGUCUUAA